UAUUGGGAGGAUCUACCAGUACGGCAUAAUUUGGAUGUAAUGCACAUAGAAAAGAAUGUGACUCACAGCAUUGUAUCCACAUUGUUGCAUUGUGGAAAAUCUAAGGAUGGUCUUAAUGCUCGUAAGGAUCUUCAACAUCUUGGUCUAAGAAAAGAGUUGCAUCCUACCACAAAAGGAAAGAGAACAUAUCUUCCAGCAGCACCUUGGUCUUUGUCCAAGAAUGAGAAGAAGAUUUUUUGCAAACGACUAUUUCAUUUUAAAGGUCCAGAUGGAUACUGUUCUAAUAUUUCAAGAGGAGUUUCAGUAGAAGAGUGUAAGGUAGGAGGUCUGAAAUCACAUGAUUAUCAUGUCUUGAUGCAACAGCUUCUCCCGGUUGCACUUAGAGGAUUGUUACCAAAAGGUCCUAGAACAGCAAUACUACGGCUAUGCGCAUUCUUCAAUCAUUUGUGUCAGAGAGUUAUUGAUAUUGAGGUUAUUACAGUAUUGGAAGCUGAAAUUGUAGAAACGCUUUGUAUGUUUGAAAGGUUUUUCCCUCCAACCUUCUUUGAUAUCAUGGUACACUUGACUGUUCAUCUAGGAAGAGAAGCUAGACUAGGAGGACCUGUGCAUUUUAGGUGGAUGUACCCAUUUGAGAGGUAUAUGAAAGUUCUAAAAGAUUUUGUAAGAAAUCCUGCAAGACCAGAGGGUUGUAUAGCAGAGUCAUAUCUUGCAGAAGAAAGCAUGCUGUUUUGUAAUGAGUUUCUGAAAAAGACAACCAAUGUAGAAGAAAAACCUGAGAGGAAUGUAGAGUAUGUGAACAGCUCUAUAUUAGAAGGUCGUCCAAUAUCAGCAGGAACGUCAUUCACUCUUACUGAAAUGGAGAAGAAUAUAGCCCAUCUUGCUGUCAUUCAAAAUACAGCUGCCUUUGAUCAUUAUGUGGAUAUGCAUUUGCAAUAUCUACAAGACUCAAAUCCAAGGUGUAGACGUGAUGCAACAUAUUUAUGGUCUAUGCAUUCUAAGAAUUUUGCUGCUUGGUUAAAAGGACAGAUAUCUAUUACUUCUGAUGGACAUGAAGACAUAGUUAAAUGGCUAGCAUAUGGUCCACGGUGUACUGCAAGGUCCUAUACUGGUUAUAUAGUUAAUGGACAACGUUUUCACACAUACUCACUUGAAAGGCAGAGUCAGAACAGUGGUGUUUAUUAUGAGGCAACGGCUAUGUGUAGAUCUAGUGCUAAGGAUACUUCACAAGUAGUUGAUUUGGUGUCAUAUUAUGGGAGAAUUACUGACAUCAUAUUAUUGGACUACCAUGUGUUCUAUGUGCCGAUAGUUAGAUGUAACUGGGCAGUAAAAGGUAAUGGAGUUAAAGUGGAAGAUGGGUUCACACUUGUUAACUUAAAUCAGAGCCAAGUAAGCUUUCAGAAGGAUCCGUAUAUUCUAGCAUCUCAAGCAAAGCAAGUAUUUUAUUCAAGUGAAGAUGGAUCAAGUUGGUCUGUUGUUAUGAGAGGUGCUUCAAGAAGAUAUAGUAAAGAAGAUGUUCAGUCUGGAAAUGCAGAUAUAAUUGGUCCAUUGCCAGUAGAUGUUGACAUGGAUACUGAAAUGGAUGAAGCUGAAUAUGCUAGAUCUGAUUGUGAAGGCAUAUAUGUGCAAGAGUAG